AAUGUGUGCUACACUUGUGUGUAUUGGACAUUUGUCCAAUGAGACUUUCUCUUUGCUCUAAGCCAAGGCUUACCCCUGGUUGCCAUUUUUGUCCUUUUCAACAAACAAACGUGACAUCUUGUUUAUACACGCUGGCACUGGCUUAAACACACAAAAGGGAUAUUCCCAUAGGCCCAGCGGGAUGCUCUUUGUUUGCUCUCUGGACACCACAUUUGUGCCAAAAUUCUGACCCAGCAGUGACCAAAUUCAGCCAACUGUAUUCCAUGUAUCCAAAUGGGAGGGCACUGGGGGUUAUGGCAACCAAAGCCUAACUUUCCAAUGUAUUUGUUAGCAGCCUGUGUAUGUUAAUGGCUCCAGUAAUCCAUUUCCCUUGCCCUAAAGGCUGUAGUAUCUGUUUGUGUGAACACCUCAAAAGACAGAAAUAAUAAAUUCUUUCAAUAUUGUCAGGAAGAUGUUGUGCAAUGCAUUGUUAGAUGUAUCACAUAUGACACUGUCUGUUUCUCUCAGGAUGGCAUUGUCUUGGUUCCUGUUGAGUUUCCUCUUCCAUUCUAUGUACGCCCACAAUGAUUUCUUCACUUCUAUAGGCCAGAUGACAGACCUACUGUACACAGAGAAGGACCUGGUAAAAUCACUAAAAGAAUACAUUAGACAAGAGGAAAACAGACUAGAGCAGGUCAAAGAGUGGGCUGACAAACUGGACUCACUGACGAACACAGCCACACAGGACCCAGAGGGAUUCCUGGGGCAUCCUGUCAAUGCAUUCAAACUGAUGAAAAGACUCAACAGUGAGUGGGCCAACCUGGAGAGCCUGGUGCUGAAAGACACCACCAAUGGGUUCAUCUCUAAUCUGACUGUCCAGAGGCAGUUUUUCCCUACAGAUGAGGACCAGACAGGAGCAGCCAAAGCUUUGCUUAGAUUACAGGACACAUACCAGCUGUCUGCCAACACCAUCUCAAAUGGAGACCUGCCUGGUGUUGUGCACAAGAGCCGGAUGACGGUGGCAGACUGCUAUGAGCUGGGGAAGAUUGCAUACUCUGAGGGAGAUUACUAUCACACAGAGCUCUGGAUGGCUCAGGCCCUCACACAGCUAGAUGAAGGCGAGGAAUCCACCAUAGACAAGGUCACAGUUUUGGACUACCUCAGCUAUGCCAUCUACAAGCAGGGUGAACUAGAGCGAGCCCUCGAGCUCACCAAGAGGAUGCUGAAGCUGGACCCAGAUCACCACAGGGCCAAUGGGAACCUAAAGUACUUCGAGUUCCAGCUGGAGAAGCAGAGAAAGACACAGGCUGAGAAUAAGGAAGUGGAAGAUAAAAAAAGAGAGAAGAAAGUUCUGGACAAACGUGACACUGAGAGGAAACGGUCCAAAGACCCUCUGCCAGAGAGAAAGAAAUAUGAGAUGUUGUGCAGAGGAGAGGGAAUAAAACUGACCCCACGCAGACAAAGCCGCCUGUUUUGCCGUUACUACGAUAACAACCAUAAUCCACUGUUGCUUUUGGCUCCAGUGAAGCAAGAAGAUGAGUGGGAUCGCCCUCGUAUUGUCCGUUUUCAUGACAUCAUCUCUGACAGUGAGAUCGAGACAGUGAAGGAGAUGGCAAAACCCAGACUAAAGCGAGCCACUGUGCACGAUCCCAUUACGGGAAAACUCACCACUGCCCAGUACAGAGUCUCCAAGAGUGCUUGGCUGUCUGGAUACGAACAUUCUACAAUUGAAAAGAUUAACCAGCGUAUCGAGGAUAUAACAGGCCUGGAAAUGGACACAGCAGAAGAGCUGCAGGUUGCAAAUUAUGGAGUUGGUGGUCAGUACGAACCUCAUUUUGACUUUGGAAGGAAAGAUGAACCAGAUGCCUUUAAAGAACUUGGAACAGGAAACAGAAUUGCAACUUGGCUCUUUUAUAUGAGUGACGUGUCAGCAGGGGGCGCUACAGUCUUCCCUGAUGUGGGCGCUGCAGUGUGGCCUAAAAAGGGUACAGCAGUAUUCUGGUAUAACCUUUUUGCCAGUGGAGAAGGAGAUUACAGCACAAGACAUGCUGCCUGUCCAGUAUUAGUGGGAAACAAAUGGGUAUCAAACAAAUGGAUACAUGAACGAGGUCAAGAAUUCAGACGACCCUGUGCAGUGUCUGAGAUGGAAUGAUCACUUUUUUUUCUUUUCUUAUUUCCUGUUCAGUGUAAGUUUUAGUCAGUAUGAUGUGUGUUUGUACAAGGAGUGAAUGACGAUGCAUCAAUCUAUCCAUUUCUUCUAUUGUUACCUUUUACUCAAAUAAUAGACCCAGAAAUGCUGUGAGGUUUCUGAGCAGGAUAUUCCCUGACUGUUACAAACUAUGAAUAUGCAUAGAUCCAAUCAAAUAUUUUAUUUUAGUUAUUUAUUUAGGGUUAAAUUUGAACUCCAUAUGUUUAUUUUGCUCGUCCUGUCAUGUCUUAAACUCCAACAGACCUCUAUUUUUUUUUUUAGUUUUUAAUUUAAACGACUGAACACUCCAUAAACCUUAAUAUAAUUAAAUGUUAAAGAAAACACGGCACAGUGCAAGCCCAACUUUUUAGACCAAGAAAAGGAAAAUAAUCUGUUACAAAAUUGUUUUUAUAAACCCCUGAAACAUUUACCAAAUAGUUUUUUUUUAUUCCUUGGGCCAUUGCAAACAAUGUCUGUUUUUUUUGUUUUUUUAUGUGCGUAUGGAAAUAUUUUUAAGUGUGAUCGUUUUUUUUACAGACAUAAAAUCUAUGACAUCAUUUUCAGUUGUCUUUUUUUUUUCUUUCGUUUUAUAAAAUUGUGAGAUGUGUCAGAAAUGUAUGUGUCACAACUUUUAAACUUAUGCAUUCUGGAUAAUUUAAAAUUCUAUUGGCUGGUGACUUUUGAGGUCAUUCAGAUGUUGAUUGAUAAGCAUUCAUCAACUCAUACAUCAGUUGUGGCUUGACAUGCGAAAACCAAUGAGGUUCUGUUGAGCUUCUGUUUAUAUUCACUGAUCAAUGAUUA